AUGCUAUCCCGUACCAUAAUCCGUUCUAGGUUUACUUCUGCAGCUUCAAUUUUCGUUAGAGGCUCUACAUUACGUUCGGUUCCAUCACUGCAAAGCAAAAGAUUUGCCUCUUCUUGGGACAAAAGUCCGGAGGACUUAGAUGCUCACAUCAAGGUACAGAAGUUGAUGGAAGAAAUCCAUUCUCACCCAUCUAUCGUGGAGUCAUUAGAGAAAUUGAAUACUGUUAUGCGCGAGAAGAAGUUAAUAGAUCCGGAAUCAAAUGAGCCUCCAAGUAUAAUGCAAAUGGUGAAGUUAAUGAUGGAUAAAGACGUUAGAGAGGCCAUGCAAGGCUUUAAGUCCGAGAUGGAAAAGUCUGGGAUACAAUUAGGUCCGGACCAACUUGGCCCACUAAUGAAGGUCUUAGGGAUUGAGAAGAAAUAG